AUGGCAGAGACUGCCGCAGAACGGAAAUCAAGACCGAUGUCAGCGUCGGACAGACAGUCAGCGUCGACAAAAGAGUCCGCAUCAGAUCAGAGGUCCGCCACACAAAGUGCUCCGACGUCGGACGCCCCUGAGCAGACUCCCACCAACUCAGUCCCAACGGUAUCUCAAUCAGACACAGCUUCAGUGAUCUCUGAUACAAAGACCAUCGAGACUCCUGCUCGUCUGACUCUGAAUCCAACAGAGACAGCUAAGGAUGCCAAGUCACAAGACACAUCGACCGCUCGCGUUCCCAAACCCGAGUCGAAAGACAACUCCUUUAGCGUUCGACAGGUGGUUGUUGGUAAUUACGUCCCUAUCAUCACAGCUCGUGCCUUCGUCAUGGCCCUCAACGUAGCAUACCCCCGGAUCGCAGCCCUUGAACCUCUGCGUCAACUUAUGACCAACGCCGGAGCCUCAGGCGCCGCACUCGCCGGCUCUGCCAUCACACUCGCUCCCAUCGCCGGUAGCUUGUUCCUCGUAGACUUCGGCAGCGCGGUGGCUGUGGAGGCCGUGACGCCGGAUGCAUGGUGGUGUGGUAUACCCGCUACAUCGACCGACCUCACGCCCUGCCCGCCCCGGUUGAGCAGGAAUCCGUGGGCCAUGAACACGUUGACGGCGGGUUUGGCACUUAUCUCUGUGGCUUUGGCUUACGCGAUCGGUCUAUGGUUCAAGACGCCGUCUCGGAUCAACGUCGAUGCAACAACCAUCUCCGGCGUCGCCGCGGUCAUGGGCCAUCCCCAGAUCGAGAGCGAUUUCGGAAUGAUCCCGAAGGACAUGACGCAGACUGAGCUCGCGCUUUACCUGAAAGAUAAGAAGUUCAACCUCGGCACUUUCCCAUCCCGGAACGGCGAGAAGUAUGGUCUCGUGCCGGCAGCGGUCUCUGCAGAUAGUCCAGGUCUCAUGCACCGUCUCGAGUCCACCGCAGUCGAGAGAAAAGCCAGCCUCACGCUCGAUACCCCAUGGACGCAUAUCCGUUUCCUCACCGACCUCAUCUUCGUCGUGUUCCACCUCGCCUUACUAGGCUUCUCCGUCGCGGCCCUGACACAUGUUGACAGCCCUCGUCGGAUCUUCGGCUAUACCACCCGUUCACAAAUCACAGGAGUUCGCAUCGGCAUCACCCUGGCGGGUAUCCUGAUAGUUCGAUACUGGACUAUGGUAUUCGCCGAUGCCCAGAACUUCGCGCCCUACGCACGAAUGCACGCCAAACCCUCCGACGCGAGGGACACGAUCCUCAAGAAGGGCAACAGCGUGCCUCUCUUCGGCAUCUACCCCCUCGCAAAACUGCGCUACACCAUCCCCGCAAUCAUAGCACUCACCGCCCUAGUUGCCGAAUUCUUUGUCGUCGCUAUCAGCGGUCUGCCCUGGCGGCCGGGCCAGCUCCGCGGGGAGUACAUCUUCUGCGGCGUGGCCUGUGUCGUGAUAGCCACGAUAAUGCUCGUCGUGCAGGGGCUGGUGUUCUACUGGCGCUCGAGCCUGCCUUACCUGCCUCGUAGACCUGACUCCGUGGCGGCGGUGAUGACGUAUGUCGCAGGGACGACGAUGGUGGCAGAGUUUGACGUCGUUUCCGGGAUGGGGAAGAGGAGCUCGCGUAGGGCUAUCAAGAGUAUGGGGAGGAAGUAUGCGUAUGGGUUGAAGAUGGGGGAGGAUGGGAGGCAGAGGUGGGUUGUUGAUGAGAUUGGGAAUGGGUAUGAGGGCUCUAGCGAGCAGGUUCGUGAGAAGUUGGCGUAA